AUGCAUGAUAAUCAAAUGAAAGACUAUACACUCAGGCUUUACUACGGUAGCCCCGAAAUAUAUCAGAAAUACGAUGACAACAUUGCGAGCUUGGUAAAAACUAAGUACGGUGAAGUCGGUGCUACAAAUUUUAUUGAACCACCCGACUAUGAACAACAAACCCAUCUUUUCGUGGUAAAAGCCAAAUUCGGUGCUGUGGGCGCCAUGAACUUCGGCCAGAUUUUCGAAAACUUACACGACUGGCCCCUUGUUCAGGUUAUUUAUUUCGGAGCACCCGAGGAUAUCCCGCUGGAGGUUCUGCAGGGCGUGAAGUUGGGAGAUGAUAUCUCGACUAUUAUACAGCAAGUUGAAUAG